CAGAACAUUUCCAACUUUAUUGCAGAUCCGGCUCUCAUUGCUCGACUUGCUUUUACAAAGAAUGUUAAACAAAAUAACACUGCGAGGGACGAUUCUUUUAGACAGCUCACUGGUAUGCGCCAAAUCAUAAUGAUAGGCGAAGAGGACGUUUAUUGGGCCGGACAACGAGACGAUCUAUUUCCAGAACGCAGCAUUACGCAGAGAAGAAUAGAAGAGCAGGAGAGGAGAGAGAGACAGUUAGAAGCAAGAUCAUAUCAAAAUUAGUUCAAGUACACUGCAACGCCUAACUUUCGUCAUCACAGAAUCGACUUUCUUUCACAAGGAGUGUUACACCAAAUAACACUUCGAGGCACGACUAUAACACUUCGAGGCAGGAUUGUUUUAGACAACUCUCUGGUCUUCGCGAAGUCAUUGUGAUAGGUGAAGCGGAACUUUACUUUAACUGAACAACAGGAGCGUCUAUUUACAGAGAGACACACCCGGUGACAAGAUAGUACUUUCAUAGUCCCGACCUGUACACAGCUCUGUCGAUAUUCUGAGGAUGGCAUCACUAGAUCCACAUGGGCUAGAGCAGCUACCUGUCGAGAUUAUCCUUAAGAUACUGAUGCAACUAGGCUGCGAGCCAGGGGAUAUCAGGAGUUUGCUUAGGAGCUCUAAGACAAUAAGAUUAGUCCUGAAGACCCACGAAGAGCACCUCUGUCAACAGUUCACGUCUCAUCUCUACCCAACUUCCAUGGAUCCUAUCCUCGCCUCCUCAAUCCCCAUCUUCACCCGCCCAUCGACCAUCCCCUUAGAACCAAAACGCACUCUCUUAGGCUGCCUCCCUUCUAUCAUCCGUCCAUACACCUUUCCCUGGAUGGCCGAGCAGGAAAAGCGUAACAAAAUCCUCCGCGACCUCUCUAAUUCCCCGCUCCUCGGCAUCACUAUCCCAAGCCUCCUGCUCUCCCUCUUGGAAACCUCUACGCGCAGCUGCGCCUCGUGCGGUCUGUCUGGCAUCGACGCCUUCAAGAGCCACGGCCUGAAGAUGCUCCUCAGUCUCUCUGACGCGCGCAUCGCCGGCAGCAUCGAUGACGCACAGCGUGGCCAAGAAUUCUGGAUAUGCGAGCAAGAUGCGCUUGCAAUCGCGAGCACGCUUGCCCUUGUCUGGGUCGCUAGCAUGAUGUUCGACUACGGCGACAGGUCGACUUGGGGCGCGGGCGGUUGUGAAGACAACAGCCAUGGGAUACUAGGAGAGUCGAGUGCGGAGGACGAUCUCGAAAAGCGCCAGUUCAUAUAUCGCGAACUGGUGCUGGCGCAUGGGCCGUACUUUUUAUGGUGCAGCGUCACUAAAUCGGAGAAGGAGACGAGGUGGGUUAAGGAAAUGCUCGAUGAGGGGGUGGAGGGGCUGAAAGAGUAUGAGAAGAGGACUAGGCCGGUGCAUCGCAGCUUACAGAAUUAA